AUGGCUCAAGCAUUAGUCGUUAAAGCUUAUUAUGAUGAUUUAAAUCAAACUCAUCCAGAAAUUCGACGAUUCACAAUCGAUAUUGCCUCUGGCAGAGAUAUUUAUCACGAAUUAGAAGAAAAAAUUGCUCAAUUGAAUUCGGAUUAUGCCGUGGGCCAAUUUUCACUUCAAUACAUCGACGAAGAUAAAGAUCGCAUAACAUUUUCAUCUAAUGAUGAAUUACGAUCAGCUAUUAACGUGAACAAUGGUAGCUUAAUAAAAAUAUUUGUUAAACUAAAACAACAACAACGAAAAGGUGAUGAAAAUGUUCAUCAUGUUGGUGUUAUAUGUGACGGAUGUCAAGGUCAAGUGCGUGGUAUUCGUUAUAAAUGUGUUGAAUGUCCCAAUUAUGAUUUAUGUGAAACAUGUAUGGGCAAAGGCUUACAUUCAGAACAUAACAUGCUAAAAUUGAUAAAACCAUGGUCACGUCAUUGUCGAUAUUUUGGUGGUCGUCGAUUUGGAAGUGGAACAGAUCGCUGUGGAGAAGGACGUCGAUUUUGGAGCGAAAAACAAGGUAGCUUGAAUGUCAGCGAUUUGCUAAACCAAUGCAAAGGUUCGGAAAUUGCGGAUUUUAUUCAACAACAUUUACCAUCAUGGUUACACACAGAAACGAUGAAACAAUUGUUGGAACAAUUGCGAAGAGAAGAUGGCACAAUCAAUGAACAAAAUAUUUUGGAACAUGUUGGCCGCUUUCUACAAGAAAUUCUAACAUUAUUGGGGAUUAAUUGUGACUAUAAUAUUGAUCCAAAACCCUCGACAACAACUGCAAACAGUACAAACUCUGAAACAUCAAAACAAGAAGAAGCCAGUGCAACAUGUUCUUCAACAUCGACAUGCACAGAACCAAAAACAGUACCGCCAUCUUCGCAACCAUCUGCCACAACAGGCGGUGCAUCAGUCGACGUUUCAUCAUGGAAAGAAUUAGCGUCCAUGUUUAGCACAAUGAUGAAAAAUCACACUGGUUUGACAACAACUGAUCAAGUGGAUGAAGAAGCACGUGAAAAGAAAAAAGUAGAUGAAUGUGUUGAACGUUUGACGGCAAUGGGUUUCAUGAAUACGAAUAGUGUAUUAACAGAAUUAAUCAAGGCAAAAAAGGGUGAUCUCAAUCAAGUAUUAGAUGCAUUGAAUCCAAGAAAUUAUAGCAAGAACUAA